AGUCAAGCCAAGAGGGGGGGAAAGAAAAGAAAAACCAUCAACGAACCAGGUCACCCCAACCUGCAAUCAAUCAUGGAUAGCCGACCUGUUCGAGUCCUUUGCUUACAUGGAGUUGGCACCAACAGCGAGGUGAGUGAUUGAAAGACUGCAACAGGCACGAGUAAGAGCUACUAGUCUGACCCCGCAUCUAUCAAACGAACUGUUCCAGGUGCUUGAAGCGCAAACAGGUCUGUCACACCCCUCACUGGGCAUGCUACCUACCAACCCUUCCCCUUCCUCUUCUCAACUCUUCCAACAGCUCGUUUACGAUAUCUUCUCGGAGAUCAUUAUGAGUUCGAUUUUGUCGAUGGAGCCUAUCCCUGGCCCGCAUAUCCCAGCAUCGCCGAGGUCUUCGGUCACGAUCAUACCUACUACUCCUACUGCGAUGACUCCCCGCAGAGUGUCAUGCAGGCAGCGACCGAUUUAGCGGACUAUGCGACCGAGAAUGGCCCGUUUGAUGCUGUGAUGGGGUUCUCCCUAGGUGCAGCACUUGCCAUGACGCUUCUACUCAAUCACGACCGACUUGGCCUCUCGACACCACCCUUUGGCUGCGCCAUCUUCAUUUGCGGCAUUCUACCCUGUGAUUGGACGGCACUGGAGCAGGGCCAGGUGGAGCUUCUUGCCCCCUCUCGGGUCUCCUGUCCAGUCCGGAUCCCCACUGUGCAUUGCUGGAGUGCCGAAGACCUCGACUAUCCGGGCCAGAGCCAGGCACUCAUCUCCAUGUGUACGCCCAAUGGGCGAGUGGAGUUGGUGCAUCACGCCGGGCAUGCGUUCCCCACUGACAGCGUGGGGUCCGAUCAGCUCGCCCAAGCGAUCUACACCACCGUACGCCGCAUGCGCACACGGCACGGCACCUCCGCUCUGCCUAAUUGAUCCUGGUUACUCUUUGUCAGACGGGAAGAUGGGCUUGGAGCUUGGAGCUUUGACCUUGAAUCUUGUUUGUCUCAUGUCUCAUCUUACAGGGGGGGAAAGCGAUUUGGGGUCCAGAUUUCUGUUGGCUACCUGCCUGUGAUUUGGCUAUGAUAGUCCUGCAUUGUCAGCACAGCCUUCAAUGUACCGUAGCCACAGGAUAGUAUUGCGGUAAUACGCUAAAUCUACUGCCUACCUAGC